AUGGACUCUACAAGGUGUCAGAGACAGCCUCAAUUCAUCAGGGCAUGGACUCUACAAGGUGUCAGAGACAGCCUCAGUUCAUCAGGGCAUGGACUCUACAAGGUGUCAGAGACAGCCUCAGUUCAUCAGGGCCUGGACUCUACAAGGUGUCAGAGACAGCCUCAGUUCAUCAGGGCAUGGACUCUACAAGGUGUCAGAGACAGCCUCAGUUCAUCAGGGCCUGGACUCUACAAGGUGUCAGAGACAGCCUCAAUUCAUCAGGGCCUGGACUCUACAAGGUGUCAGAGACAGCCUCAGUUCAUCAGGGCAUGGACUCUACAAGGUGUCAGAGACAGCCUCAGUUCAUCAGGGCCUGGACUCUACAAGGUGUCAGAGACAGCCUCAAUUCAUCAGGGCCUGGACUCUACAAGGUGUCAGAGACAGCCUCAGUUCAUCAGGGCAUGGACUCUACAAGGUGUCAGAGACAGCCUCAGUUCAUCAGGGCAUGGACUCUACAAGGUGUCAGAGACAGCCUCAAUUCAUCAGGGCAUGGACUCUACAAGGUGUCAGAGACAGCCUCAGUUCAUCAGGGCAUGGACUCUACAAGGUGUCAGAGACAGCCUCAAUUCAUCAGGGCAUGGACUCUACAAGGUGUCAGAGACAGCCUCAAUUCAUCAGGGCAUGGACUCUACAAGGUGUCAGAGACAGCCUCAGUUCAUCAGGGCAUGGACUCUACAAGGUGUCAGAGACAGCCUCAAUUCAUCAGGGCAUGGACUCUACAAGGUGUCAGAGACAGCCUCAGUUCAUCAGGGCAUGGACUCUACAAGGUGUCAGAGACAGCCUCAAUUCAUCAGGGCAUGGACUCUACAAGGUGUCAGAGACAGCCUCAAUUCAUCAGGGCAUGGACUCUACAAGGUGUCAGAGACAGCCUCAGUUCAUCAGGGCCUGGACUCUACAAGGUGUCAGAGACAGCCUCAAUUCAUCAGGACAUGGACUCUACAAGGUGUCAGAGACAGCCUCAGUUCAUCAGGGCAUGGACUCUACAAGGUGUCAGAGACAGCCUCAGUUCAUCAGGGCAUGGACUCUACAAGGUGUCAGAGACAGCCUCAAUUCAUCAGGGCAUGGACUCUACAAGGUGUCAGAGACAGCCUCAAUUCAUCAGGGCCUGGACUCUACAAGGUGUCAGAGACAGCCUCAAUUCAUCGGGGCAUGGACUCUACAAGGUGUCAGAGACAGCCUCAAUUCAUCGGGGCAUGGACUCUACAAGGUGUCAGAGACAGCCUCAAUUCAUCAGGGCAUGGACUCUACAAGGUGUCAGAGACAGCCUCAAUUCAUCAGGGCAUGGACUCUACAAGGUGUCAGAGACAGCCUCAAUUCAUCAGGGCAUGGACUCUACAAGGUGUCAGAGACAGCCUCAAUUCAUCAGGGCCUGGACUCUACAAGGUGUCAGAGACAGCCUCAAUUCAUCAGGGCAUGGACUCUACAAGGUGUCAGAGACAGCCUCAAUUCAUCAGGGCAUGGACUCUACAAGGUGUCAGAGACAGCCUCAAUUCAUCAGGGCCUGGACUCUACAAGGUGUCAGAGACAGCCUCAAUUCAUCAGGGCAUGGACUCUACAAGGUGUCAGAGACAGCCUCAAUUCAUCAGGGCAUGGACUCUACAAGGUGUCAGAGACAGCCUCAAUUCAUCAGGGCAUGGACUCUACAAGGUGUCAGAGACAGCCUCAAUUCAUCAGGGCAUGGACUCUACAAGGUGUCAGAGACAGCCUCAAUUCAUCGGGGCAUGGACUCUACAAGGUGUCAGAGACAGCCUCAAUUCAUCGGGGCAUGGACUCUACAAGGUGUCAGAACAGCCUCAGUUCAUCAGGGCAUGGACUCUACAAGGUGUCAGAGACAGCCUCAAUUCAUCGGGGCAUGGACUCUACAAGGUGUCGAAAGCGUUCCACAGGGAUGCUGACCCAUGUUGACUCCUGUCCUUUGGGUGGUGGACCAUUCUUGAUACACACAGGAAACUGUAGAGCGUGAAACAAACAGCAGCGUUGCAGUUCUUUACACAAACCGGUGUGCCUGCCACCUACUACCAUACCCCGUUCAAAGGCACUUAAAUCUUUUGUCUUGCCCAUUCACCCUCUGAAUGACACACAUACACAAUCCAUGUCUCAAUUGUCUCAAGGCUUUAAAAUAUAUUUUUAACCUGUCUCCUCCUCUUCAUCUACACUGAUUGAAGUGGAUUUAACAAGUGACAUCAAUAAGGGAUCAUAGCUUUAACCUGGAUUCACCUGGUGUGUGUGUGUGUGUGUGUGCGUGUGUGCGUGUGUGUGUGUGUGUGUGUGUGUGUGUGUGUGUGUACCGUGUACGUAUCUGAACACGCAUCUCC